AUGUUACCGGGCCUGGUGACCUUUGAGGAUGUGGCCGUGUAUUUCACAGAGAGCCAAGGGGCUCUGCUGGAUCCAGAUCAAAGGGCCUUGUACAGGGAGGUUAUGAUGGAAAAUUAUGGGAACGUAACUUCCCUGGGAUUUGUAGUUGCCAAACCUGAGCUUAUCUCUUGGCUGGAACAAGGGGAAGGACCAUGGUUAUCAGAUUUUCAGGGCUUGGAUGAAAUGAAGAACUUCAGUAGCAUCACGGGUGAAGAUAGAAAACAGCAUACAGACAUUGUGUACGAGACACAGUCUGUUCAGAAAUCAAGCCAAAAGAAACAUCAGAGAACAUGCAUGCGUGAGAAGCUGUAUAAAUGCUUGAAGUGUGGAAAACGUUUUGGUUGGAAAUCCCACGUUCAAGGACAUGAGCAAAUUCACGCGGGCAAAAAACUGUCCAAAUGCGCAAAACGUUUUGCUAACCCCUUUGCUUUUUCCAAACACCAGGCCAUCUGCCCGAGAGAGAAGCCAUUGAAAUGCUUGGAGUGUGGAAAGUGUUUUUCUUGGAAAUCAGAGCUGAUUAGACACCAGCAAGUCCACACAGGAGAGAAACCCUAUAAAUGCUUAGAAUGUGGGAAAUACUUUGCACAUAAAUCACAACUCAAGAGGCAUCAUUUAGUUCACACUGGAGAGAAACCCUAUAAAUGCCUUCUGUGUGAAAAGUUUUUUACUCAGAAAUCUCAACUUAGGACCCAUCAUCGACUUCACACUGGAGAGAAACCCUAUAAAUGUCUGCUGUGUGGGAAGUGUUUCACUCGGAAAUCCCAGCUCAUGGUACACCAAGUUGUCCAUACUGGAGAGAGAUCCUAUAGAUGUUUGGAGUGUGGGAACUGUUUUACUCAGAAAUCACAUCUUGUGAGUCACCAGACUCUCCACACAGGGGAGAAACCUUAUAAAUGUUUGGAAUGUGGGAAUGGUUUUGCUCAGAAAUCACAACUCAUGAUCCAUCAGAGAGUCCAUACUGGAGAGAAACCCUAUAAAUGCAUGGAAUGUGAGAAAUGUUUUGCUCAGAAAUCACAACUAGCGAUCCAUCAGAGAGUCCACACAGGAGAGAAACCAUAUCAGUGCUUGGAAUGUGAGAAGUUCUUUGCUCGGAAACACCACCUUGUGAGACAUCAGAGAGUUCACAUAGGAGAGAAAUCAUAUAAAUUAUUGGAGUUUGCAAAACCUUUUACUCAU